GUGAUGUGCUGUCCUCAAGGCUUCCCAGGGCGGAGCCCGUGGCGUGACCCCUCGUCCUGUAGGAAAUGGGGACAAGGCUAACUCCCUCUGCCACUGCAGUCAACAUCACCCAGCUGGGCCCAGCAAGGGGUGAAGGGCAGGGAGCAGUGGGGAGCCCCCUCACGCCUCUCCCCCACCGGGCAAGCAGGCCUCACUAUGGGGGUGCCUCAACGGAAGCAGCAGAGCACUUCCAGCAGCUCGGAACCCCACGCUGCCCGGACACCGUUGCUAGGACCAAAGCCCUCCAGAGAACCAAGAUGAAACACUCCCCAGGGAAUCCGCCGAACAAGACUAAGGACACCCCUGAAUCAGAGCCGCCUCCUCCCUACUCCUCUGUCCCUCCUCCCCUUCCCCGGGAAACUCAGGUGCCUCAGCCUGGGUACCACCAAAGCAUGCCGGUGGCCCACACAGACAUGCCCAGGGUGGCGACCUCCGUGCCCAUGCAGGUCAUCUGUCCCUACUGCGGGAACUGCAUCCUCACGGUGACCACCCCAAUCCCGGGCGCCCUCACCUGGCUGCUGUGUACCACCCUCUUCGUGUUCGGGUGUGUACUGGGCUGCUGCCUCUUCCCCUUCUGCAUGACCACCCUGAUGGACGUGAGCCACUCCUGCCCUGUGUGCCGACAUGAACUCUUCCGCCACUACCGCCUGUGAGCCCUGAGCAAUAAACGGCUAUGCACAACCGCACAGCCA